AUCAGCCAGAGAGACUUCUGUCUAAAUUCUGCGUUGUUUUGAGGAUUUGCAGUGUUGGUGGUGAAGGGCAGCACGAUAAAAUAGUCUAAAAACUGGUACUGUAUUUUGAGUAAUGUACUGUGAUUUUAAAACUUUUUACUUUCAUCUUCCUGCUAAGGCUUUGUAAUACAGGAGUUUGCUGUUAAAAAAACCCCAAACUUAUAUAGCCUGAUUUUUUAUUUCCAUUUCAAAGAAUCAUCUGAGGAUGACUUGGGGGCCAAGAAAUAAAAGUGAAGUGAAGACCAUCUGUUUCACCAUAGCAGUUAUACUUGGCUAAGAGAAAAUAUGAAAUAGUAACUUGCUCAGAUGAGCAUCGUGUUGUCAGUGUUUAAGCUGCUUCCUCUCCUGUUUACUCGCUGUGUGACUCAUUGGACACCAUGUGCCUUGAACUUGUUGUGCUCCAUUAUCCUUCUGCGUGUGUCACAAUAGCUGUGUGCAGUCCUGGUGGAGUCACAGCACCGUGAGCAGCCAGAGCAGCAGUGGGGAGGAGAGCUGCCACCUCCAGCUGCAGUGAGAGGGCAAGGGAACAGAGAUUGCCCCAGCCCUCUGCAGGAGUAACUGAGCUUCAGACAAAAAAGCAGUACAUGGUAAUUCUAUCACCUCCUGGCCAUUCCAAUGAUGAAAUCAGAAGCUAAGGAUGGAGAAGAGGAAAGCCUGCAGACAGCAUUCAAAAAGCUGAGAGUUGACACAGCUGGAUGUACCACUUCUCUCUCUGUGGGUGAUGGGACAAGUCCCAGAGCAGUGGUUAGAACAGUGGCAGAUGAAACCAAACCUAAGAAUGUGUGUGCUUCUAAGGAAACCUGGCAUGGGUCUGUGAAGAAGCCCUCGAGAGGAGUUGUGAGAACGCAGCGUCGCAGGCGUUCCAAGUCUCCAAUUCUUCAUCCUCCAAAGUUUAUCCAUUGCAGCACAAAAUCACACUCCACAUGCAGCCAGCUGGUGCAGAAGAGCCAGGCUGAUGCCCAGGAGGACAGCAGUGGCUUUGGGGUGCCAGUCCCAAAGGAAGCAGGUGCACAUGAACACUGCAGCGUCACUCCGGACGUGGGCCACAAGGGAGCUGAUGAGUCUUUGGGAGUUUCUGUGGCACAGUUGACAUCAGAGAACACUCAGGAGAACUCUCCAGCAUCCAAAACAGGCUUAAAGACCACGGAGCUUUCUGACUUCCAGGCUGUGUGCAGGCUGAACUCAAGUGAGCCAUGUGCGUGUGCAGAUAAAGCCUGUCAGUGCAGACUGUGGCGAGAUAUGGAAGUGUACAAAUUCUCUGGCUUGCAGAACACCCUCCCCCUGGCACCUGAUAGAACGGUUUCUGAGGAUCACUCCCAGCCUUUGCCAUCAAGAACUCCCUCAAGUUCUCCACGCUCUUGCUCUGAGCAAGCCAGGGCCUUUGUGGAUGAUGUGACAAUUGAAGAUCUUUCGGGAUACAUGGAGUAUUACUUGUAUAUUCCAAAGAAAAUGUCUCACAUGGCAGAAAUGAUGUACACCUGACAGCAAUGAGCACUAAAACCAGAAGGGUGGCUGGUUUAAAUCUGCCCUCAGGCACAUCAUGUGAAUAUGCAACCCACUCCCUGCUCACUGUGCUUGCAAUAAAAACACUUCUUUGCAUCUCA